GACUUGAAGGCAACAUUGCUAUGAGAAGAGCUAACCAGUCAGGAAGUGGCUAAUGAAUUAACUAAAUCAUCUAAUUUCUCUCUCAGCGUGUCAUCUAUAAUUAUGUCUUUUAAAAGAGAAGGUGAUGACAAGAGUCAGCUGAACAUAUUGAAGAAACGCCGUGUCGCUGAUCUUCUCUCUAACUACAUCCCAGAAGAUGAAGCAACACUUAUGAAAAACGGAAGAUACGCCUGUCUUGUGUGCUCCUACCGACCUGUGUUUGAUACUGUUGACAUGCUGACAGUCCACCGGAACGGGAAAAGACAUCUACAAGGAUUAAAAACAUUCUAUGGCAAGAAAGCACGGCUGAAGAAUGAAAUCACAAAAAGGCAACAUGAACUCUUUGUCCAAGCUGAAGACAGAGAAGAGGAGCCCUCCAGUUCAGCCCCUUUAUUGGAGCAAACACGGAAGCUCACCCAUCAUGCUUUACUGAAGACUACACCGUAUAACAGUUGUCAUAGAAAAACCAGUACAAAACCUGGAAAAGAACCAGAGAGCAUCGGCUUAGAUCCCAGUGGGGACACUUGCAGCAAAACGCCAUCUGUAGUAGAAAAAGCAUGUCUGAGAAGUGAAGUUUCUAACAAUUCAUCAACAUGCAGUUCUAGUAGCUGCACGGCAGACACAGAAGGAUCUCAGCCUGCAGUGACACAAGAAGAAGAAAAGCCUGUAACACCUCAGAGGAGAAGAGAGCUGGAGCAUUACCUCAAACUGAAAAGUGACGGGUGGGUGCGAGACCGGAGCGGCCAGUGGAUUAAAGACGAGAACGUGGAGUUUGAUUCAGAUGAAGAGGAGCCUCCUUCGCUCGCACCUCCACCUACAAGUCACUGAGAGGACUGAGAGAUGUGUAUGGGGGGGGGGGGGGGGCACAGAUUCACUUGUACCACAGUGGUAUGUUUAAGAGACCACAGCGCUGUUUGGAAACGGCUCCACGCGCAAGAACCCAGCUACCUUUUACUUUUCUGACUCUUUAUAAGUUGGAAGAGAAUCGUGCUAAUCAUCAGUGGUCAUCAAAUCAUUAAAAUCAUUAAAAGUGAUGUUUUUUUUUAUAACUUUGUGAGCUCAGAUUUUUUU